AAUAACAGGCUAACACUGCUAUGCAGCUGUAAGGGGAAGGCAACGUGGGAUUUCUAUUGACAUUUGUACUAACUGAGUAAAUGGCUGUUAAUGUUGUUUAUCUGAGUGUCUAAAAUGAAAUAAAGUAUCACGGGUCGAUAUUUGGAUGCAUUUUACCGAACGUAAACAAACAUAAAUGUAAGCAAAUGAACUGUUGCUUGCGUAGCCCAGAAAUCAUUGCUACUAGUGUUUCUACAACGCAGAAACGUUACUUCCGGUCAGAUGUCCUCAGAUGAAGGGGAGCGCAAUAGUCCAGAGUUACCAAGAGAUUCAGACAGAGGCAGCUCAGUUUCCUCUGAACUUCAGGAUGAAUAUGAAGAACUUCUUCGGUAUGCUGUUGUAACUCCCAAAUAUGAACCAAGUCUUCCAUCACUGCUGUUGAGCACAUCUCAACUCUCCAAGAGUUCACAGCAUUCUACUAAAAUGGACACACCAGCUCAAACUCCUGCAGAUAAUGAAGCACACUCAAGCACUGAAGUGACACUGACGAGGGCAACUCCUCCCUUAGAGGAACCCAGACCACCAAGUUGCAUAUCUGAGGAUGAGAGCAUGGCAACCAGGUCUGUUGCAUCUGAGGAAAGAUCAGAGAGGGCACAAACCAGGUCAGACAGAUCAGGACAGAGCAGCCCUGAUGCUCUGAUCACUGUCAUGUCUGAGAUGUUCAUUUCAGAGGAGAACCUUAACAAGAUGGAGAACAUUUUGGAAAUCUGGAGCACAAACCUUAAGUGUAAUGUGAUGAUGGAGCUGAGGAAGUGGAAACUGGCCUUUGUAGAGCAACACAGACUGGAGCUUAAAAAUGAGAGGGAGAAACAUGCAGCCCUCAUGGCAGCUGUAAACGCUGAGGUGGACGGUCUCAAAGAUCUGCUCAACACCUACCAGAUCUCUAACCAGAGGAAAGAUGAGGUGAUAAUGAAUCUGAGCAGGGCGGUUGACAGGCAGAGAGAGAAACUGGAGCUGAUGAGGAGUUUCACCCAUUGGAGGUUACAGCACAGCGCUGCUAGAGAGGAGGCUCAGGGUGGCAGGCUGGCCGAGCAGCACUAUCAUUUGCAGCUCAAGAGAAAGGUCUGGGCAGGCUGGCACUCACUCAUCCAGAACAGGUGGCGAGAGCGUGUGGAGAGAGCAUGUUGUGCCAGGGCAGAGAACAUCUGCAUGCAGCUCUCUGCAGAGUAUGAGGCAAAGGUGGCACAGAAUGUAGAGGAGCUCCAGAAAGCUCAAGCUGAGAUUCAGAGGCUACACACGGAGCGAGAGCAUUAUGAGGACUCUAUGAAGAAAGCUUUCAUGCGUGGGGUCUGUGCUCUUAACAUCGAAGCCCUUAGCAUGUUUAACACUGGAGAAGCAGGUAGACUGGACCGUGAUGCUCCACCUCCAGGGGAUGAGCUAAGCAUCAGCUCAUUGGCCAAUCACCCACCAAGGACUGUCUCGUCUGCACGGCUCAGUCCAAUUGUCAUGGAGACUCCGAUGCAGCUGGCCCCCUCCCUCAGCAAUACAGAGGAUGCGGAGAUGGAGCAGUUUGUCUCUCAGCCUGGCUCAAGCACAGUUCCAAGAAAAGAAACCAUUCUUUCAACCACAGUGGUGAACUCUACUGUACCACCAGUGGGCAGUACAACCUCUUUCAGACAGGUAAACACUCGGAUAGUUACAGCUGGCAAGCAAAAAGCCUCUAAGACGGUGACCGCUCGUUUGACAGGACGGGCAGAGCCUAACCGAGUGGGCCGGCCCCCUGGCACCCUGCAUCUUAUGGGCGUGGCCCCUCCAAUGAGUUCCAUCGUCGUGGAAAGACACCACCCUGUCACUCAGCUUACAGUUGGCCAGGCAACAGCAGCUAAAUUCCCUCGCUCUGCUCAUCAGAGUCAGACUGUCUCCAGCAGGAAGAGCUCCUCCAGUCAGCCCAGAGGCCCCUCCACCUUUCACAUCCAGUCUAUCAAAGUAGUGGACUAACACACAUACAUACACACACUCUCUCAUUUGUCUGUCAGGGCUCAAGUUUGGUUACCUUUUUAUACAGUUGUACACAUGUUAUAUGAUUUCUCAUGCUAAUUUCUAAUGUUUGACUUUACAGUUUUAAAAUUCUAAAAGUAUCAUUAGUUUGUCAAGUUAAAAGGCUGUUAAUUCAGCUUUAAAUGACGUUAAUACAUUUUUAGUACAAAAUGUAUCUUUUUAUGAAAUAUGUUGAAAAUGGUGUUUUUAUACUAAAAUUGCCAAAUUGUAUUUUUUUUUUAAAAUUUUUUAUUGAUGAAACAUUAUUUAUUAAGGGAUGUGGUUUAUUUAUUAUUGUUUGCAACUGUCACCAUUCACUUGAUAAUGUAUUCAUUGCAGCUUGAACAUUCAAACAAUUGCUUGACAUAGCCAUAAUCAUAUUCUGCAACAAUUUCAUGAUUCAUUGUUUCAGAUCAGUCAACUACAGUACUGUAUUUGUUGAUACUAUACCUUAAUUCACAUGUAUUAAUAAAUAUAAAUUGGUGGUUUUCAGAGUCUGUUGUACAAUAAAGCAUCGUUUUCAUUUUUUGUUCAUAGCAGUCUUUC